UCAUAUUCAUGGUAAAAAAGCAUGUAAUGCUAAAGUACAAGAUCAAGGUUUAUCGAAUGAUCAAAUUAAACAAUAUGGAUUAAAAUAUUCAUCAGAUUUUGGUGGUUCAAAAAGUGAAACAGAACUUGCUUGUCAGUUAUUUCCACAAAAAUUUAAGGAUGUGCAUUUAGUUUAUAACAAAUUAAAUUACAGUGAGCGACAAGAACUUUAUAAAACACAAAGAGCAUAUGCAUCAUGGAUUUUGGACCAAGAAAAUUUAUCAGUAAUAAGUACUAAAUGUAAAAAUUUUACUAGUUAUGAAUCUAAAAUAUGUGAAGAAUGUAAUAAAUUAAGAAAUAAUUCAUGUUUUCGUGAUGCUAUUAGUGCA